GCUCGCCCAAAAAGUCGAAGGGAACCCCGGUUGCUGGGAUCGAGAAAAAAGAGACGCCUGGGUCUAAGGCGAUUGUGCAGCGACGAUCAUCAAGCUCAACAAUGUUGACACCUGUGCAUUGCGGUACACCGGUUUCAGGUCCCACGAAUCGCCUAAGGGGAUAUGAUCAAGCCAGGGAGGUCGCAUUGCAUGCCCAGACACCGGGGCGUGGUGGAGGGUCUGGUGGUCGCGGUCAAGAGUCUGGCGGUCGCGGUCAAGAGUCCGGUGGUCGUCGUCAAGGGUCUGGUUGUCGUAGGCAGAGCUAUGCGCAAGAGACAGCGGGCCAUGGAGGCUCUGUUGAGAAGUCCGUCCAUAGGCGGUCCAAGGAGGUGCCCGUGGUUGACCACAAAGAAAAAUUCUGGUUGUUGGAUUGGGUGGGCGAUGUAGGGGAGGCUGGUAGUGGUUUGCUUUUAUACACCAUAAUUCAGGAACAAAUCAGACCGAUAGGGGGUAUAGUGUCUUGGUCAGGGAAACGAAAUCCAUUUGCAACUUUCGAGAUGACUAUGGUCCUCAACGACAAAGACGAGAAAGUCGCGAGUGUGAAACAUGUCGCGGUCAGGUGGACCAAUCAUAAAGGAUAUGAUAAAUCGCUCGUGGAUCUUUUCAAUCCAGAUCCACGUCAGGAACUGAGACUGCCUGAUCUUCCUAUGGUUUUCGACUUCUUCGACAGCAAUAAGGUUCCAGGUCAGGAGGCCGUGACUCAGAAAGAUGACAUUACUACAGAACCGAAAAGUGUUAUGUCAGCGGCCGCACUAGGACAAUCAUCCGCAGCCCACGAGCGACCUUCUGUAGGUGCCUUGCCACUUCGGACGUCAGUCUCUACGCCGGUUGUACCGAAAUGGGGUCACAUCGCUAGCGAGGGCCUUCUUCUGGGACCGGUGGCGCCGCAAACGCCAAAGGAAAUUCGACCUGUGGGAGGGAAGGAGCCGCUCAGCUAUUUGCGUGGCAUGAUGCAUUCGUCGACCACAUCUGGUGCAGAUGUCCAACGUCAUCAAAAACCAACAUAUUUCGAAGAUCGGGGGGAAGAGAGCAGUGGAGAAAGUACAGAGAGAGAAGAGGACGAGGAAGGGUCGCAGGGCCGAAGUAGGGAAAGUCGCGGAGAGGAAGAAGAGGAUAGUGAAAACACUAUCAGCGAGAAAAAAACACAGCUUGAACAUGAUCGAGGGGAGCUUCACGUCCGCCACGGGGACAACAACGAUUACGAGAAAUCUGACGAUCGUGUCGAACACGAUGACGAACCGCUCGAGGAAGAGCCGCAACAGAAAAAGAGUGGGAAAGGUCGCCCUGCGAGAACAAGAACUCCUUCGUCAGCCCCUGCAGCUGUCAGGGACGUUGACGAGAGAAAAAGAAAAGCGAGGCACGAGAGGACAAAAAGUCUUGAGCAGAAAAGGAGCAGGAAAGAGUCAGUGCAAAAAAGACAAGUGCAGCCUCUGCCGAUGGAAGAAGCAGUCCAACGUGCUCGCGACGCAGAUGCUGCUGCCAAACAAAAGCCGAUGAGGAAAAAGAGAGCAGCGAAGGGUGGCACGAUGGAGAAGACGACUGUUUUCCCCGCAUCUGAACAACCACAGUACGGGGACGAGAGAAAAGGAAAGACUGUCGCGAGACCAUCAAGCUUACAACUCUCGCCAAGUGAACCAGAGACUUUGCAUCUCGACAAAGGUUUCUUUUUAGACUACAACAGUGAUGGUACUCGAAAGAACGACAUACAGUUCAUCUCUAUUGAAUUCGACAAGAUUCUGGAUAUUCCUGAUAAGGAAUUCAGAUAUAAUCAGAGAUUCCUCGGCCAGAAUCACAUUGACGAGAUAUACGAAGCGAUGGUGUCAUCAGGUGAAACGACCAUCAGAGAAAGAACAACAGGCAGGACGGGGUUGAGCACAUGUCCGCUGUAUGAGAAACCAAUAUUGCUGCUGGUUGCUCUGCAUAACAAAUUGCGUGUAGACUCAUCGGGAAAAAUUAUGCGAGUAAGAAGGGUCACUCCUGAAGAGUUUUACGAUAAACAACUGGAAAGUUGCUUCUGGUACCCUCUGAGUGACCAACACAACGUGGCAGCAGCAAGAAGAUGUUUUCGCAAAAAUGCAGCCGUGGCAAAUGAGUUGCAGCUCAAUUACUGGACAGUUAGGCCAGUCUACUAUCCAGACCACUUCAUGGAUCAUUAUGGGACGUUGAGCACAUUCCAGAAUGCGAAAGACAAAUGGAACACUCCGCCUCAUCAAAGCAUCGUAGUUCAGGAUAUUAGGAAGUUGUGGAAGGCGUUCGGCUGUCCAGAUGCCAAAGGUGGACAGGGAACUGAUGUCAAAAAUGUGGAGUACAGAAAGUUUGCAGGAAAGGCUCUGAGAGUGACUGACAUAGAUUAUUACCUGCGUAGCACCCCGUUCGUGUUCUCCGACGAACGCGAACGCAUUUGGCAGCGCAGCCUUCUCGACCCGCGAGAGUUGCCUGGCAAAUUCUGCCCAGGAGUCACCCAGGUCCACACCACGUGGUCCCUUGGGCAGGCCAUGUCCUCCUCGAAUGGCUCCUCUGGCUCGUUUGCCAUGUCACCCGACAGCAGACACCGCAAGCGGCAAUGGGGGUGCACACAUGGGGCUGCUACGGCGAGAACUGCUGAUGUGGCACCUCCUCACGUGCCUGUUGCUGACGAAGCAGGUCCGGACGUGACAGUCGUCGACGUGGUCGCUGCUCCUGGCGUGGGACGUGGCAUCGAUUCCUGCCGAGGCAGCGUCUGACGUGGCGGCUGCAAAUCCUCCUGCUGCCGUCGCAGCUGUGAUCAUGCGCAUACGCGAAGC